AUGAGUCGAUUUAAGAAUUGUAUAACAAUCAUCAAUACACGUAGUGGAGCACGUGAGGGUCCUUCGGUGUUUGCAAGUGCACUUCAACAGUAUCUUGACAAGGCUGGUAUCAUACAUCACGAUACGUGCGUGCCAGAGAAGAAUAUCAUACAUGCCCUUAAUGUUCACCCCAACACGACUGAUGCUGUAAUUGUCUGCGGUGGUGAUGGCACUUUGAGUUCUGUGAUGAAUGUAUUAGCCGCUACACCGAGUCAUCCGCUUCUUACUGUACCCAUCGUACCAGUGCCGUGUGGAUUACAAAACUCUAUUGCCACUUCUCUCGGUGUUUACUCCGCUGAACGUUCAGUCUCGGCUUUUGUGAUGGGCCGUGUGGAGCCCAUUCCUCUAUGGAAGGUUUUUGUUAACGAUAAGGUGGUGCGGUAUAUUGCAUCCUACAUUGCUGUUGGUGCCUAUGCAAAGAGUGUGCAACGUCUGCAUCAUUUGGAUGCUGUUGGUGAUAAUUAUAUGGCUCUUCCAAUGGUACGAGGGAAGUACAAAUUGGGUUCUUUUUACACAGCCAUGCGAAAUGAAUUGGUUUCAGGCGAUUUCAAAAUAAAAAAGAUGAAAGGCUCUUCUUUAGUAGUUCAGUCUCCCAUAAAACUAUUAAUAGCAUCUCAGAUGCCACUACAGCAUCGUUAUUAUACACUUACACCAACGGCAACUUAUAAACAUUCAACAUUAAGUGUCACCUACGCAACGGCUGAGGCAACACGGUUACGUCUUUGGCAUUUGUUAAGCCGCGAGGCUGUAGAAGGUGUAAUCCUUAAAGAAGAUGGUGUAUGUGAGUGUUCUGGUGUUUCAGAAUUGGAGUUUACCAUUUCUAAGGCAUCAGAUGAUAGUGAGAAUUCCUUAGAUGUUGUCAUGCAGCUUGACGGGGAGCCGGUACAUCUUUCACCCGGCUCUAAAGUCUCUGUCCAGCGGGCAUCAUGUCAUGUACUAUUCACAACUUGUUAG